CCUAUCGUUCCUACAAACCGGAAACGGAAACGAGUGUGAAGAUAACGGAUGGUCUUAUGUUCGUGAAAAUAGAUUUCUAAUGCCGGAAAAGAUCACUGUUUUUGAAAUACACAACUAGACAAAGUGGCUUGAAGAUUAGUGUCAGAAUCGAGGGAUUUGAAAAGGUAUUCUCUUAGCAGAGAGUUUUAUUUAUACCGACCAAGGAGCUCCAAUUCCUGCUCUGCUAACUAUGCUAGUUCACUCGGUGGCUAAAUACGUAGUUUAAGGACAGACUAUAAAAUACUUCAGUAAAUUUCCGUUUAUUUCGUGUUCUACCAAGUUAAGGUCUGAAACAGUGGCUUUACACUCUAACUAGUGUAGUGUGUGCUCAUUUGGAAUGAAUUCUUAGCGUUUGCUAGCUAUUAAACUGUGGAAAGUAAGAAGGCCUCUGAGUAGCCAAUUAGCACGUAGCUCAUUCCGAAGGAAACCGGAUUUGGUUGGGCAAACAAAAAGGUGGUGCUGACUUAUUCUCUUCCUUGGUUUGACUGCAAUGGAGGGUUCGGAUAACGCAGAUCAAGGUAGUAGUGAACAGGCCGAUUCACAACGCAGGCAACAGCAGGACCGCCUUCACAGAGAGGAAGCAUUCUACCAGUUUGUUAACAAUCUAAGUGAAGAGGACUACAGGAUGAUGAGGGACAACAAUCUCCUUGGCACUCCAGGCGAUAUUACUGAGGAAGAGUUAUUGAAUCGCCUUCAUCAAAUUAGAGAUGGACCUGAACAGCCAAACGGUAGUGGCGGCAGCGGUGGGAGCAGCAGCAGCAACAGUCCUGACGUCAGUUUGGGGGAGUCCAGAGUUUCAGAGGCAGAGGGUACAGAUGAAGCAUCUAAUGGCGAAACCCUUCUUGACUGGCUCAACACUGUGCGUCAAACUGGCAACACCACAAGAAGCGGGCAUAGGGGCAACCAGUCAUGGCGGGCUGUGAGCCGAACUAAUCCAAAUAGUGGAGACUUCCGCUUUAGCUUAGAGAUUAACAUCAAUCGCAACAUAGCAGAGCAGCAAACACAGACUGAUGCUGAGCGUUCAGACGCAGACCAAAGCCGUGGUGAUGGCUCUACAUCUGAACCUGAGACACCUAUGGAGGCAACAGAGGUAGUUGAGGAGCCAGUGGUGGAGGAGAUGGCUGUUAUAGUCGAACCAGAGCUUCCUGCUCCUACUAGCCCCAAUGUAACCCGCCCAACAAGCCCUCAAAAUCAGGUCCCAAUUUCUCAGAGUCUGCCUCAAGUAGAGCGCCCAAGUAGGGGCCAGAUUAGAGCUCGUAGCCCAAGCCCAGAACAGCGCAGAACCAGAGCUCGAACAGCUAGGAGUCAUUUAGCUCUCAGCCUGGACCAAUUAGAUGGCCUUCCGCAGGCUCGCCAUGGACUACCCUCACGAAGUCCUGAUCCUGUCCCAGAAGUACAGGUAGAUGGCAGCUCUAGGACACGACUACAUGUUCUUUCUCGACAGAAUAUACAGUUAGAAAGUGAGGAAACUAUAGCAUCUACACAGCCCCAACAAGCACCUCAGCCCCACCAGGAAACAGAAACACCUUCAGGAGAAGGCGCUUCAUCUCGAAGGCCUCCAACAAUAAUGCUGGACUUGCAGGUUCGUAGGGUGCGACCGGGCGAGUACCGUGAGAGGGACAGCAUUGCCAACCGUACACGCUCUCGAUCACAGACCUCCAACAACACUUUCUUGUAUGAGACAGAGCGUGGAGGAUUUCGCAGGACCUUUUCACGUUCAGAGAGGGCAGGUGUAAGGACAUACGUCAGCACUAUUCGUAUCCCCAUCAGGAGGAUUUCAGACGCGGGACUUGAAGGGGCCACCUCCAUGGCUCUACACUCCAUGAUCCGGCAAAUCAUGACUGGCUUUGGUGAACUCAGCUACUUCAUGGACUCUGAUUCAGACUCCACAGACUCUAGCCGUGGUUCAAACCCUGCGGCAGAUCUCGUUGACGCUCUGGGUAAUCCAGAUGCUGGAAGUCCCUCUGCUGUGCCUGAGCCAUCACCUGGGACAGGAGGCUCAAAUCAGAGUGGCUCAGAAGCACAGACUGAAGAGAGGGAGGACAAUGUUGCAGCUCUGAGAGAGAGCAGGGCAAGGCAGCGAGCUCCUAUCAACUUAGAGGAGCCAGGCUCUUUGCCCUUUCUGCGACUUGCACAUUUCUUCUUGCUCAAUGAUGAUGAUGAUGAUCAGCCCAGGGGCCUCACCAAAGAGCAAAUUGAUAACCUCUCCAUGCGCAAUUUUGGUGAGAGUGAUGCACUCAAGACCUGUAGUGUGUGCAUUACAGAAUAUGCUGAAGGCAACAAGCUACGUAAACUUCCCUGCUCUCAUGAGUACCAUGUGCAUUGUAUUGACCGUUGGCUUUCAGAGAAUUCAACUUGUCCCAUCUGUCGUAGAGCAGUCCUUGUUUCUGCCAACAGAGAGAGCAUUGUCUAGUUUCCUAUCAUUCGUCAUACUAUGAUUUCGCCUUACUAUGGCAUUUGGUACCCGGUAGAGAAUCUUGUCUUGAAGACACACAAGCCCAAACUAUGUUUAAGUAUCGAAUAAAAAAAAAAAGACAUGUCGAAAAUUUACAGACAGACCUCACUUAUGCUCAGACCAGACUUCCACCUCUUGAAGAUUCCAAUGAAAUAGUAAUGGUUCUUUAUCCCAAAUAUGUUUAAUUUACAUUGCAGCCUUGUGAUUAAGAAUUAAGAACUAAUCGUUUGUGCUUAUACGUAGACCGGGUGCAAUUUGAUUCAAUGGUAAUCAGGCAUUCUGAUAGUUGAAAGAUAUAUUUAUGUACAAUGUAUUGCUUUUGGAUUGUCUAAAGAAUUGUUUUGAUCGAUUGCAAUUUGGACACCAUUUUAGGUUUUCAACAGAAGUUAAUAAGCAACAUUUUUCCUUCAGUAUACAUUUGUGUAAAAGGUUUUAAUGCUAUUAAAUGAUCUAUAAGUGAGUUUUCAGUUUGGCCAACAAGAACCUUUACUUUAGCCACAUACUGUGUUUCCUCAAGCUUCAAUUAGGCUAGACCAAUAUGUCAUUGGGAGUUUGUAAAAAUACAUCUUAGCCUUGAUUUAAUCUGUGUCUGGAGUAUAUCUUACUGAUUUUUAUAGAGAAGGAGCAUUACUGAGUAUUGUGUGAAAAGUUGUUCAGUUGUGAGUUUCAAGGCCUAUAAUACCAUCAUGCUGUAUUUACUCCCAAGGCUUUUCAUGAACAGUGUUCUUUCAAGAUACGGUUUCAAACACUUCAUUUAUUUAAACAAGACUUGCCUUCACAUCACAAAUACUAGUGCAAUAUUUAUUAACAAAAAGGGAUCUGUAUAAAUUUGAUACAGACCAUGAAGAUUUAAGUUUAAAUUGAAGUGUUAUCUCCUGGAAACAGAGUUCCUCUACGUCUUCUGUAUAUUGUAAUUUUCUGUUGUGCCCAACUGAAACCCUGAGGGUUAUUUCUUCAUAUUAUCCAGUAGUAGGUUUUUAAUGUAUCUGGUUAAUAAAGUUUCUGGUUGAGCUACUGAAGAAUAAGUAAAGACGGACAAAACACUCAAAGUUGUCUUAAUCCUUCUAAAGCGAAGGCCAAUUCCAAAUAUUCUCUCUUAACUGGUCACAGCAGCAUUUAUUAUUAUUAUUAUUAUUAUUAUUUUGCACUAUUACCAUGCAGCCUCGGAUGUCAUUUAAAACAGCCAAAAUAUAGUUCAAGGGGUUUUAAAAAAGUUUUUUUUUUUUUUAAAGCGUGUGUAGAAUUAAUUUAACAGUUUUGUUAAUUAUAUGACUAACCCACUAAUUUUAGGUCUCCAAAUAUUCUGACAAACUGACCAAAAAAAAAACAUCCUAUACCAAUGUGUUGUGCUAAUUGAACACAGAGUGCUUCGUACCUUGAGCACAUUCUGAGACUGUGGUGGUGACAUUUUAUAAAUUUGAAUAUGGGAGUUUUUAUAAAAUUAAUUCUGGUUCUGCACAUUGUCGGUAUUUUCAUGUGUUCUUUCACAUUAUGUUCAGUUUGCUCUAUUAUUAACCUGAAUGAGUCAUGGUAUGAGCUUCUGAACUUCAGGAAACAGUGUGCGUAGGUGUGCCUUUCUAUCUUAAAUCAAGCAAGAAAACAAGUUUUAUAGGCUUUAACCAAUAAUAGAUGUUCCUAAAGUUGUUUUGUGGGGGUUCUGGCUGUUCUAUUCAUUACUUUCUUUGGGUGAAAGUUUUGUGCACCUGUGCGCUUCACAAGCAUUUUUCUGCGUUCUUAGCUGAGAGUCGACUAGUGUAUAUGGGCUCCUUCCAACCAUGGUGUGUUUAAUAUAUAUAAUGUGAAACUACAAAGGCCUAAUUAUUUAUAUAGAAUGUAAACCAUAAACAACCUGCACUACCCUAUUUUUAUCCUGAGUAAAUGAGGGUAGUUGUAUGUAUGCAUGAGAACUUAAGUUAAAGACAUUUUAUUCAUUGACGUAGAGAGAAUGUAACCUAUGGAUCAUGUUUGUAAAUCUGCAUUCUGGUGACUUAAGGUCAAUCACUUAAUGUUUAACCUUUUCAGUAAACCAUUUCAGACCCUGUGGCUAUUACAGUGGA